GGUGAAAACAAAAGACAUAUAGCGGCUUCACCUUCCCUCCUGCUCUUCCAAGCUUGUUUUCUAACUUGAAAAAUUCACUUUUUUUUUACACAGCUUAAAGUGUGCUAUUAGCUAUUAGGUAAUCGUCUGUCUCAUGCUUAAUAUUAGAGCAAGAAAUCUGAGGGUCAAUAAAUUUUCUUUUUCUUUUUCUUUUCACCACCAGCAUGCAAGUGUUCAGAAAUGCUGUCUUUUCCAAAACUAUAAACGGAAGCCCUUUUCUCUCUAGUGUUAGACAUGCACGCUUCCUCUCCAGUAGUCCCGUACGAUGGGAACAAGAAAAAAAGAACAAAAUUGAAGGCUUCCCCUGGUUAUUGAAUAAGGAUAAACCUCGAAUUACCGAGUAUCCCUAUGAAAGAGCACCUUCUGACUGGAGUUUCUUAAAUUUAUUACCUAAUGGGCUUCAGCGUGCUUUAGGAAAAUGGUUGGGCACACGCGUAUUACAGUUAAAUACAGGCCACGAUAACUUUCCAGACCAAUUUCUUGUAGGAGCUAGCUUAGCUACCCGCAAAGCACUUUCAUUACUGUCUCAACAAUUGAACCAUCCUGAAAACAAACAUGAAGAACUACAGCAUAUUUUGGGACCAGAUCUUUUGGAUCGCUUUUUAAAGGCAGCACCUUCAGAUGCAAACAUUAAUAUAGAUAUACCUCAAAUAUACGAUGUUAAUUUGGGUGACAUUUGGAUCACUUUGGGCAACCCAGCUGCAUUUUCAGAUGAACGCAAAUACGAAGUCUUGAGAUGGAUGACAGUUCAAGUUGGAUUACACAAAGCAGCCGUCAAUGAAAACGAGGAGUCCUUUCAAGAAUACCGAGAGCGUGUCUCGAAAAGCAUUUUAGAGGGUGUACAAGUUGGUGUUGAUGUCUUGAUUGAUGCAGAUAUUACAUACAAAGUGAGUGAUAAAGACACUGAUGAAAUUACCUUGUAUGAUGAAGGCAGACGUACUCUUCAAGUGAGAUUCGCCACACCUUAUUUUUCACCUGCUAACAAAAUGGUUUCCGGAAGAGAUCCAGAAACACAAGAACCUAUCAAUGACUGGAAUUGGCGUUUAGUGGACAUAGAUCAACUCAUAGAAAAAGAAUCAAUGGAUUCGGCAGGAAUUUAUGAAUAAAAAG